AUGCUCGUGCCCAAGCGAUCGAGCCCUUCUCAAGCUACUAGCAGCGACCAUCGCGCAGUCACAAGCAUCCAACCUUGCAACGCCUUUCAGCCUCAACAACGCAGCGCGCGCUAUGCGAGAGCUACGUCCUCCUCGCCUGUCUCGUUUCCUGACCGACUUCUGAAAUACCUCGUCGCCGAAUGGACCGGCGCAGCUGCGCGUAUUGAGAGCACAGAGCUGACAAUCUUGUUGCGCGAUCAGACAUUUGAAGCCAACGAGGUUGCAAAGCACACGUCCGAGAAGGAUGCCUGGAUCAUCGUAGAUGGAGAUGUAACCAGCUUUCUCGACAAGCAUCCAGGCGGCAAGAAGAUCCUGUUGAAGCAUGCGGGUACAGACUCGAGCGAGCAGUUCUGGAAAUUUCACAACAAGGCCAUUCUCGAGAAGUCUGGCGGCAAGCUCAAGAUCGGCACAGUCGGCGGAGGCGAUGUCGUUGAUGUUGGCGGUGGUGGUCAAAGUGACACCGCUGCACUGAAUUACGAUGAAGACACAACCUACUUUGGAGACAUGGUACCCUUUGGUGAUCCUCAAUGGUACCAGGAUUGGGCAUCGCCAUAUUACAAUGACUCUCACCGUCGCGUGCGAACGUACAUGCGCGACUUUACAGAGCGCGAGCUCAUGCCCAACUGCCACGAAUGGGAGGAAGCGAAGGAGAUCCCUCCUGCCAUGAUCGAAAAAUGCGCCAAGGCAGGCAUUCUCGCUGCCGUCGUCUCGCACCACUGGCCGACCGACUACGCCAAGGGCAUCCCGGUGCCCGGCGGCGUCGAUCCCGCAGAAUGGGAUGGAUUCCACAGCUACAUCGUGUGUGACGAGCUAUGCCGAACAGGUUCGGGUGGUGUCAUGUGGGCAUUGAUCGGCGGCCUUGGCAUCGGUCUUCCGCCCAUUCUCCGUUUUGGCUCGCAGGAAAUGAAGGAUCGUGUUGCACCUGCCUGCCUCUCAGGCACAAAGCGAAUCUGCCUGGCAAUCACUGAACCCUCUGGAGGUUCUGAUGUCGCCAAUCUCACGACGACGGCAGAGAAGACGGCGGAUGGCAAGCACUACAUCGUCAACGGUGAAAAGAAGUGGAUCACCAACGGCAUCUACUGCGAGUACUUCACUGUCGCAGUCCGCACAGGCGGCAAAGGCUACGGCGGUAUCUCUCUCCUGCUCGUCGAGCGCUCUUUCGGCGGCGUCAACACUCGCAAGAUGGACUGCUCAGGUGCAUGGUCCUCAGGUACAUCUUACGUCACGUUCGAAGACGUCAAGGUGCCCGUCGAGAACUUGCUCGGCGAAGAGGGCAAGGGCUUCCAGCUCGUCAUGGCCAACUUCAACGCAGAAAGACUGGGUAUCGCGAUGCAGGCCACGCGUUUCGCUCGCGUCUGCUACGAAGAAGCGAUGAAGUACGCCUCGAAGCGGAAGACUUUCGGCGUUCUCUUGAGGGAUCACCCUGUCAUCCGCAACAAGUUCGGUCACAUGGCGGGACAGAUCGAGGCUUGCCAGAGCUGGCUAGAAGCCAUGAUCUACCAAUCCAAGCACUAUGACGACGAUGACCUCAUGCUCCGUGGCGGUGGUCCGAUUGCCUUGCUAAAAGCACGAAGCACGCAGACAUUCGAAUACUGCGCGCGCGAAGCUGCUCAGAUCUUCGGCGGUCUCGCGUACACGCGUGGCGGUCAGGCCGAGAAAGUCGAGCGACUAUACCGCGAAGUGAGAGCAUACGCCAUCCCUGGUGGUUCGGAAGAGAUUAUGUUGGACCUUGGUAUCCGUCAGGCAGUCAAGAUUGCCGAGAUCCAGGGUGCAAAGCUCUAG